ACUGCGGUGCGACCCGGGAGCAGAGUCCGGGAAAGGGGAGUUCAAGGAGAUCCGGGGUAGAGCCGGCCGUCUUGGGCCCCGUGCGCUGCUGCCGCCGCCAUGCCAGGUGUGGUGGAGCUGCCCGCCUUGGACGAACUCAAAGUGCAGGAGGUGAAUGUCAGUUCUGCUGUGCUAAAAGCUGCAGCCCAUCAUUAUGGUGCACAGUGUGAUAAAGUCAAUAAAGAAUUUAUGCUUUGCCGCUGGGAAGAAAAGGACCCAAGGCGAUGUUUAAGGGAAGGGAAACUUGUCAAUCAGUGUGCUAUUGAUUUCUUCAGGAGUAUAAAGACACACUGUGCUGAGCCCUUUACUGAGUAUUGGACCUGUCUUGAUUAUUCUGAUCUUCAAGAGCUUCGCCGAUGUCGCAAAGAACAGGCAAAAUUUGACAACUGCGUCCUGGACAAACUGGGCUGGGUGCGCCCUGACUUGGGAGAACUGUCAAAGGUUACAAAAGUGAGCACAGCCCGACCUCUGCCAGAGAAUCCCUAUCAUUCUAGACCAAGACCAGAGCCAAAUCCUGCUUAUGAGGGAAAUUUGAAGCCUGCAAAACAUGGUAGCCGAUUCUACUUCUGGAACUGGUAGAAGAAAGAGCUCUAUCUAGGGAGCUCAUACUCGAAGACAGCCUCAAGCAACAAGUACAGAAUUAAGACUCUUGUCCAGCUUCUCUGCAGGACCAGUGGGUCCUUUCCAGGAAAAUAAAAAAAAGAAAACCUAA